ACCGGCAAAAGUCAAAGUCAAAUGGCAAGUUGUCAAUCAUAUUUUAUAACAUGUUCAAUAAUUAUUUAACUCGUUUUAUAUAAUGCUAUAACAGUCUGAAAAUAGAAUAUCCCCAUGGAGCAUAUAGUCAGAGGAAAAUUCGGGCGGAUUGUAAUAAGUUCGUACACAAAGUAUGGGGCGCAAAGGAAUAGUCAAAGGGGAGUGUGUUCUUUGUGGGGUGGAAGAGCCCUUGACAGGUCCCGACCUUUGCUUCAUCAGCAAUACAAAUAUCAAAGAAGGGAAUAUGGAAUGUUGGUCGUAAAAGCUUUACGGGGCGUUUUAAAGAUCAGAUAUUUGUUGCUGGGAGGUGCAGUGGCCGGUGGUGGGGCACUAAACAAGAAAUACAAUGAAUGGAAAGAGGGGCUUCCCGAUUUAAAAUGGCUAGAUGAAAUUAUGCCUGAAAAUGACAAGUGGCAAGAAUGGAGGAAUAAUCUUAUUGAUAUAAAGGAUUCUGUUAAGGAUAAUAUUGAAAUAGAUCCCAGAAUAAAAGCUCUGUCCGAAGCAAAAUACAAACAAUUCAGAGAUUGGUUCGACAAUAGGUUGGACAAUGCGAUUGCUGCGGCCGAACAAAAAAACACGCCAUUACCCGAACCUGUCGAAGGUGUUUUCUCCAACCUAUCGGAAUUUGUAGACAGAUUGUACUCAGAAGCUAAACACGAUAUUAAGGAGAAAACGGUGGUGUAUGCGAGACCGUUCGCUCAGAGUAACGAGGAUGAGAAGGCAAGAAAAGAAGCGCAACAGAGGUUGAACAAUAUACAGGAUGAGAUGAUGCAAACGCAGAUAAAAUACCAGAGGGAACUCGAGCGGCUAGAAAAGGAAAACAAAGAGUUACGGAAGCAAAAUUUGCUGUUGAAGCAAGGCAGAAAACCGCCCACGAGAAAAAUCAAGAAGAGUUUGAUAGACAUGUACAGUGAAGUUCUAGACGAAUUAGCCGACUUUGACAGUGGUUACAACACGCAAGAUCAACUGCCGAGAGUGGUGGUGGUGGGAGAUCAGAGUUCGGGCAAAACUUCCGUUUUGGAAAUGAUCGCGCAAGCGAGAAUUUUUCCCAGGGGUGCAGGGGAAAUGAUGACGAGAGCCCCAGUUAAAGUGACGCUGUCCGAAGGCCCGUACCAUGUGGCUCAAUUCCGCGAUUCCUCCAGAGAAUUCGAUUUGACUAAAGAGUCUGAUUUGGCCGACCUAAGAAGGGAGGUUGAACUAAGAAUGAGGAAUAGCGUUCGAGGCGGAAAAACGGUUUCCAGUGAAGUUAUUUCAAUGACUGUUAAAGGCCCUGGACUGCAGAGAAUGGUGUUGGUCGACUUACCAGGAAUUAUAUCUACUGUUACAACUGAUAUGGCUGCUGAUACCAGGGAGAGUAUAAAGCAGAUGACUCAGGCGUACAUGAAUAAUCCCAAUGCCAUUAUUUUAUGUAUACAAGAUGGCGCAGUCGACGCAGAACGCAGUAACGUCACAGAUUUGGUGGCCAACUGCGAUCCCCAUGGCAAAAGAACUAUUUUUGUAUUGACUAAAGUUGAUAUGGCCGAACAAAAUUUAGCGGACCCAAAUAGGAUAAGAAAAAUUUUGGCGGGAAAAUUGUUUCCCAUGAAAGCCAUAGGAUACUUUGCCGUUGUCACCGGCAGGGGACGCAAAGAUGACGCUAUACAAACUAUUAAGGAUUACGAGGAAGAUUUCUUUAGAAGCUCCAAAUUGUUUAAGGAAGGUGUCAUAAAAUCCACUCAGGUAACCACGAGAAACCUCAGUCUCGCUGUGGCGGACUGUUUCUGGAAGAUGGUGAAAGAAACCGUCGAACAGCAAGCGGACUCGUUCAAGGCGAGACGCUUCAAUUUGGAGUCCGAGUGGAAGAACAACUUCCCGCGCCUGCGCGAGCAAGACCGCGACGAGCUGUUCGAGCGCGCUCGCGCCGAGGUCCUCGACGAGAUCGUGAACCUCUCCCAGGUGAGCGCGAAGCAGUGGGACGACAGGCUGCUGGGCAAAAUGUGGGAGAAGGUGUCGGACCACGUGUUCGAGAACGUGUACCUGCCGGCGGCGCAGACCGGCUCGGCGGAGACGUUCAACACGGCCGUCGACAUAAAGCUGCGGCAGUGGGCGCAGGACGACCUGCCGAAGCAGUCGGUGGAGUCGGGCUGGGAGAGCCUGCGCACGGAGUUCGAGGCGUUCAUGAGGAGGGCCGCGUCCGCGCCCAACCACGACGGCAUCUUCGACCGGCUGAAGGAGGCCGUGGUCAGGGAGGCGGUCGCGAGGCACUCGUGGGAGGACAAGGCGUCCGAGAUGCUCAGGGUUAUCCAGCUGAACGCGCUGGAGGAUCGCACCAUCGUCGACAAGCGCGAUUGGGACGCGGCGGUGAGGUUCUUGGAGACCAGCGUCAAGGAGAAGCUGAAGCUGAGCGAGCAUCAGUUGAAGGAGCUGCUGGGGCCGUCGAUGAAGGAGAGGUGGCUGUAUUGGAGGUAUCAGAGUGAGCCUCAGUGCAAAAGGAUGGCUGUCAAGGGCGAGCUGGAUAAGAUAUUAUACUCCAAUGAUAAACACCCUCCCAACUUGAGCUUCGACGAGCUAACAACAAUAAAAAACAACCUGCUGCACAACACCGUCGAAGUAGACAACGAAUUUAUUCGCGAAGUGUGGCACGCCGUUUACAGGAAACACUUUCUAAACCAAUCUUUGGGCAAAGCGUUCGACUGCCGGAAAGCCUACUAUCUGUACCAUCAGCAGGCCGAUGUCGACUGUUCCGACGUCGUUUUGUUCCACAGAAUCCAACAAAUGAUGAAGGUGACAUCCAACGCGCUUAGGCAACAAAUUACCAACAGAGAAGCUAGGAGGUUAGAUAAGGAAAUCAAGGAAGUUUUGGAGGAUUAUAGCCAAGAUAAUGAUAAAAAAAUUCAAUUGCUUACAGGAAGAAGAGUAACGUUAGCAGAAGAAUUAAAGAGGGUGCGUCAAAUCCAAGAAAAACUUGAAGAAUUUAUUCAGGCACUUAACAAAGAAAAAUAAGUCUAGUCCUAUUUAUUUUAGGUUUCAAUAUUUUCAUUAGGUAUAGGAAUACCAUAAAUAUUAUUUUUUUGCAAUUGAUCUUUAUUAAGCGAAAUAUACAACCCGUUUUACAUUGUUACCCCGAUUUUUUUUAUGUCCGAUUUGUAAUUUGGGGCUUGAAAAUUGUUAAUUUACUGCAAUAAAUUAAAAAACGACCUUUUUUAUUAUUUUAUUGAUGCUUGAUUACCGCAUUUAAUUAUAAGGUUCUUUAACUUAUUGCAGUUUGUAAUAUUAAUAAAUAUUGUUAUAAGAA